AUGUCUUGCUGUCCAUCUACUUUUUUUGCUGUUAAAUCAGGUCAUAUUAAUUGCCUUUCAAGGUAUUCACUUGAAGAAUUAUUAAAAGUUAAUGAUUCAGGACAAUCAUUACUUCAUCUUGCUACAUAUAUAGGAAAUUUAAAAAUUAUUAAAUAUAUCAUAAGUAAAGUUCCAUGUCUAAUUGAUUAUAGAAAUGAACUUCAUGAGACACCAUUAUUAAUUGCUUCUACAUUUGGUCAUAUAAACAUUAUUAAUACUUUUAUUAAUACCUCACAUGAAGUGGCACUUCAACGUGUUUGUCAUCAAGAUAAAAAUGGUACAACAUGUUUAUUUUCUGCUGUAUCAAGAAAUGAUAAUGAAACAGCACUUUUUUUAUUAAAACGUUUUGGAAAAACAUUAGCAUCUUUACCAAAUAAAAAUGGAAUGCUUCCUUUACAUGUAGCUGCAUUAAAUGGAAAUAUUGAAUUCAUAAGAAUAUGUUCAAAAUAUGACAAAGAUAUGGUUAAUAUAAAAGAUAAUUAUGGAUAUACAUCAUUAAUGUAUGCUAUUCAAUCAAAAUGUAUUACUUCAAUAAAAUAUUUAGUUGAAAAAAGUAAAAGUAAUAUAAAAUUAAAAACAUCAAAAGCGCAAAAUUGUCUUCAUAUUUCUUGUAUUGUUGGUGAUACAACAAUUGUCAAAUAUUUCAUUAAUUUACUAGGUAUUAAUAGUAUUUUGGAAACAACAAAUGACUUUGCAAAUUGUUUUCAUUGCUCAGCGUUUCAUGGUAAUGAUAAUGUUAUAAAAGUAUUAGGAAGUUAUUUUGAUAAAAAAAAACGUAAAGAAAUUUUAUCAUUAAAAGAUUCUCGUGGUAAUACACCACUUCAUUUAGCUGCUAUUAAUGAUCAUAUUGGAAUUGGAAAAUAUUUAAUUUCUAAUGAUGUGAAUACUAAAAUAAUGAAUAAUCAGAUGCAAUUUCCAUUAGAUAUAGCAAAAAAAAGAAAUAGUAUUAGAUUAUAUAAUCUUAUAAAAAGUUAUGAAGAUAAAUAUUUUGAAAAAAAAAUUAAAUCGAUGGUAUUGUCAAAUGGUGAAAUGCCAACAAAUAGUUUAAUAAAAAUAUCAUCUUGUCAAAAUAUUAAUAAAACACAAAAAGGUUUAUCUUCUUCAAUGACAACAAUUGCCAGACCAUUAUCUGAAGAUUUUUCAGUUUCAAGUACAUAUAAUGAUAAUUUUCAUCUUUCUCAAAUAAAUUUAAAUAAUAAUGAUAAUAAAUUUGUAAGAUUUAGUCAACAAAUUCAGAUAGCUGCAUCAAAUUUUUUUCAAUACCCGGAUUAUCAAUGCAAAGUUAUUGAUGACAAUGAAGCCUUUUCAGUAAUUGCUGAGAUUGAUAAAGUUCUUGAAAACGCAUAA